AUGGAAAUAAAAAUUUUACAUAGAAAUCCUGAUGAUUAUAAAAGUAGUACUAGUACAUCAAAUUAUAAGCAUAUAAGAAGUUUUGAUAAAAAUAUACACCUAUUUCAAAGAGAAAUAGAAUAUAAAAGAGCAUUAAAUGCAACUAAAAUUGAUAAAAUAUUUGCAAAACCUUUAGUGAAAUGUUUAGAUGACCAUGAUGAUUCAAUAAGAAGUAUCUGUGUUUCUAAUAAAAAUUUAACAGAUCUCUAUAGUGGUAGUUGUAAUGGUUUUAUAAAUGUAUGGAAUAUUUUAGAUAAAAAAUUGAUGAGAAAAAUAAAAGCUCAUGAUGGGUUUGUUAGAGGAUUAUGUGUUAGUUAUGAUGAAAAAUAUUUAUUUAGUUGCGGUGAUGAUAAAUAUAUAAAGCAAUGGGUUGUUGAUAAAAAUAAAAAUAUAAAUGAAUUAAAUGAAGACGAUGUUGUACAGCAAGAUUUUAGUAACUUUAAAUAUUUAGAAAACGAAGUAGUACCGAAAAAAAUAUAUGUUUGCAAAAGUGUACCAAACAGUAUUGAUAAACAUUUUUCUGAUCCUUUAAUUAUAUCAGGUAGUCAAACUUUAGAUGUAUGGGAUUAUUAUAGAAAUAAUGCAAUAUCUAGUUUUGAUUAUAAUAGUGAAUAUAUAUAUUAUGUGAAAUUUAAUUAUGCUCAACGAAACUUAGUUGGAUUAACAUUAUCAGACAAUUCAGUUGGUUUAGUUGAUAUAAGAAGUAAAUCACCUAUAAAAAAAUUAUUUUUAAAAUAUAGAAGUAAUUCUUUAAGUUGGAAUAAUAUGAAUCCAAAACAUUUUAUAGUAGCAAAUGAAGAUUCUAAUUUAUAUACAUUUGAUAUGAGAUAUUUAAAAACAGCUUAUUUAGUUCAUAAAGGAUUUGUAAAUGCAGUUUUAGACGUAGAUUUUUCUCCUAUCGGUAAUAAGUUUGUUGCUUGCUCUUACGAUAAAACAAUAAGAUUAUUUAAUAGUGAUGAGUCUAAAAGUUAUGAUGUUUAUCACACUAAAAGAAUGCAACAUGUUUUAUGUUGUAAGUUUAGUUUAGAUGCAAAAUACAUUUUUUCAGGAAGUAGUGACAUGUGCUUACGAAUAUGGAAAUCAUGUUCUCAUGAACCUUCAGGAGUUUUAUCUAAUAAAGAAAAACAAGCUAUAAAUUACCGAAACAAAUUAAAAGAAAAAUAUGCUUCUUUAAAAGAAAUUAAAAGAAUUAGAGAACAUCAUCAUGUACCUGCUCUAAUUAAAAGUCUAUCAGAUAAAAAGAAAAUCAUGCUAGAAGCAAAAAAAAGAAAAGAGAAAAAUAAAAUUAAGCAUUCUAAAAAUCCGGAUGAAUUGCCAAUACCAGAAAAAAAAAAAAUCUUUGUUACAGAACAAUAA